GCGCGGCUCGGCGGAGCCAGGAAACCCCGCGAGUCGCUGGGGGAAGUGGGGCAGAGACUGGACGCACCCGGAGCUCAGAGCGCAGGAACCUCAAGUCGGAGCCCGGCAGAUCGGAGUCGCAGACCCGAGCCCGGGCCUGGAGGGUGGAAGCGUGUGAAGGGGCCUCUGUUCCUGGAGGAUAGGAUCAUGGCCUUCAUGUUGCUCAGCCGGCGGCUGGCCUGCGCCUUCCAGCACAACUACCACCUGCUCCCGCCCAGCUCCAGACACAUCAGUCAGGCCGCGGCCAAAGUUGACGUCGAAUUUGAUUAUGAUGGGCCCCUGAUGAAGACUGAAGUCCCCGGGCCUCGCUCUCGGGAGUUAAUGAAGCAGCUGAAUAUAAUUCAGAAUGCAGAGGCUGUGCACUUUUUCUGCAAUUAUGAGGAGAGCCGAGGCAAUUACCUGGUCGAUGUGGAUGGCAACCGGAUGCUGGACCUGUACUCCCAGAUUUCCUCUGUCCCCAUAGGCUACAGCCACCCUGCUCUCCUGAAGCUGAUCCAACAACCUCAAAACGCGAGCACAUUCAUCAACAGACCUGCCCUUGGAAUCCUUCCUCCGGAGAACUUCGUGGAGAAGCUGCGGGAGUCCUUGCUCUCGGUGGCUCCCAAAGGGAUGUCCCAGCUUAUCACCAUGUCCUGCGGCUCCUGCUCCAACGAAAAUGCCUUUAAGACAAUCUUCAUGUGGUACCGGAACAAGGAGAGGGGUCAGACGGGUUUCUCCAAAGAGGAGCUGGAGACGUGCAUGAUUAACCAGGCCCCCGGCUGCCCCGAGUACAGCAUCCUCUCGUUCAUGGGCGCGUUCCACGGGAGGACCAUGGGAUGCUUAGCGACCACGCACUCCAAAGCUAUUCACAAGAUCGACAUCCCUUCCUUCGACUGGCCCAUUGCACCGUUCCCACGGCUGAAAUACCCUUUGGAAGAUUUUGUGAAAGAGAACCAGCAGGAAGAAGCCCGCUGUCUCGAAGAGGUAGAGGAUCUGAUUGUGAAAUACCGGAAAAAGAAGAAGACGGUGGCGGGGAUCAUCGUGGAGCCCAUCCAGUCAGAGGGGGGAGACAACCAUGCGUCUGACGACUUCUUCCGGAAGCUGAGAGACAUCUCCAGGAAGCACGGCUGUGCCUUCUUGGUGGACGAGGUCCAGACGGGAGGGGGCUGCACAGGCAAGUUCUGGGCCCACGAGCACUGGGGCUUGGCCGACCCUGCAGACGUGAUGACCUUCAGCAAGAAGAUGAUGACUGGGGGCUUCUUCCACAAGGAGGAGUUCAGGCCCAAUGCUCCAUACCGGAUCUUCAACACCUGGCUGGGGGACCCGUCCAAGAACCUGCUGCUGGCCGAGGUCAUCAACAUCAUCAAGCGGGAGGACCUGCUGAACAACGCAGCACAUGCUGGGAAGGCCCUGCUCACGGGGCUGCUGGACCUCCAGGCCCGGUACCCCCAGUUCAUCAGUAGAGUGAGAGGAAGAGGCACCUUUUGCUCCUUUGACACUCCCGAUGAAACCAUACGGAAUAAACUCAUUUUAAUGGCCAGAAACAAAGGCGUGGUGUUGGGAGGCUGCGGGGACAAAUCCAUCCGAUUCCGCCCCACUCUGGUCUUCAGGGAUCACCACGCGCACCUGUUCCUCAAUAUUUUCAGCGACAUCUUAGCAGACUUCAAGUAAAGAAGCCAUUUCCACUACGCUCUGAGAAAGCCCCGAUCUCAACUGUUGUCAAAUUGAUUAGUUUGCCUAAUUCAUGUUUUCACUUAAAGUAUCAGAGGCGAAUGCGUAAACGGAAGGGUUCUUUGUGGGGAGGGGAUGUUUGUGGUGGCUUCGGGGGGAGGGGACGGGCGGGAGGGGCUGGUUUUGAUUUUCCUCCCUGCAGAGCCAAUGACGCACUUGGGUCUGAGCCCAGAAAGUCUGCAUGAGCCCUGGACAUCGUCUUCGGCAGGGCCAUGAGGGUCCUGGCCAUAUAUGUGCCCACCUUGACCCCAACAGUUUCUUUGGAAGCCAGGCAAAGGAAUGACAGCUGCUCCCGGGACUGGUGGCGGGGACUUCUGGGUUCCGGUCUCUCUCAAGUGCCGUAUUGUGUGAUCGAGGAUGCGGGUCCCCUCGCCUGAUGCAGACGGGCAUGCUCUCCCCCUCCCGCCCCACCUGGGAUUCUGAGCAGAUCCCAUGCACAGUUCAGCAAAGGACAGGACAGAUGACACAAAGGCAGGGCAGUUGGAACAUUAGGCUGGAGCUUGCAGUGCAGGAAGGGGUCGCUCCACUCAGUGUAUCUGGGCAUCCUCUAAACUGUGAAUUCCGUCCUUGAAGGGGCUUGGCCUUGGAGACUCUCUGGGUGGCAUCACCGGCACUUCUUACUCACCACCUUCCAUUCCCCCGACGCUGUCCCCUCUGUUAAAUGUGAUCCCAGGCCUGGGAUCCCAGUAUGUCCCCUGAGCAUCCACGGGGAUGCACAGGAGCCAAAAGGUCAGAAGCACAAGCCAGUGGCCCGGGAGCGGAAGCCCAGGGCUUUGGGCAGCAGAGCCACCUCCCCCUGUCUCCCUGGGCAUCUGGGGUCUGACCCGUGGACCCCUCACCCCAGGGGCUCUUUCUCUACUCCCCUUCGGAGCAGCCCUCACUAGACAGCAGAGCUGUGCGAAGCCCUCCAGCACGGAGAACUGGUUGCUAAGCUAGAUUUCUUCCUGAGGGUAGCACCGUGAAACUCCAGGCACAGAGCGCCAUGCAGAAAAGAUGGCCUGUUGGUUCCAGGUGGUUUCCUUGUACUGGCCACUCCAGGUUAGAGACUUUCCCGACAGAGAGGAGGACGUAGCUUACCAGGCAGAUGAGAGUUAAACGCUGAGUUGGACGGUAGCGGAGGCCAAGCGGCCUCUUCUGGAGACGAGACAGUCUUGGAACCGAUCAGACUUCCGAGGCUCCUACAAAGAGCCUCUGGUUGUCCCGCAGCAGCGGACUGGUGUUGAGUGAGCAGACUCAGAGGCCGCGAGGGAAGCGCUCUGCCUCCCGCUGCCUGCUCGGCUGUCUUGGGAAUUGGACACAGCAAGAUUUUCAGUUUGGCUCUUUGAUCUUCUGAUAACUAAUCAUCCAAGACCUCAAACGGGUGGUGGUGGUGUCUUUUUCUUUUCUGCUUCCACUCUUCCCAGUGGUCCUCGACCUGUGUUUGUCGAGAAGAAAACGCAGUGCGUAUUAAACAGACGCGGUCAGAUCCGUGGCUUUUGGCGCACGCCUCAUCUUGGGGUCUGUGCUAACCAUGGCUUUCCAGGAGGACUUGUGUUGGUGUAGGGCUGUUGGCUUUGCCGGUUGAACGGAGGUGUCUGCCCCUCUCUGUGCAGGGUACCACUCGUUUGUAUGUCCAUCUGUUUAUUCUGUCAUUCCUUCAUGGAACUCUCGCUAAGUCCCUCCCCUGUCCCAGGCCUAGUGCUAAGCACUAGGAAUACAACAUGGUCCCUGCUGUCAAGGGACUCCCAUCUCACUGGGGACAAAAUUCUUCAACCGGAAAUCCAAGCCAAGUGGCAAGUGCUGUGACAGAUGUAUGGGAACAUUGGGAAGUCAGAGGGAGUGGCAGGCAGGCUCAGGAGGUUUUGGGGAGAAAGUAACCUGGAGCACGGGUUGGUAGAAUGAGCCAGAGCUCUCCAAGCAGACAAGGCAAGGAGGAGUGUUGCAGAAAAGGGGACAGCACGUUCAAAGACACACCAGUUCAUGGUCUCAUACCUUCCCAGAUUCCACAGGCAAUAUCCCAAGAGUUAAGGCCUUAUUUAACAAGCCAGAUGCAAACCAAACCCUAAUUCAUUUAUUGGCAUAAGUAGGCUUUCUCUGGAGAACCUCAGCAUUGGGUGCAAACGGCAGUAAGGUCCCCAGAGUCCAAAAAGUUUUCAAGCCACGGCGCAACCAGAAACUCAACUCUGUUCCCUCUCACGGGGCAAUCAUGGAGAAGUGAAAUCGUUCUACCUGGAAAGGCACUUCCAGACUUACUCACUCCUUACCAAGGGAAGUUCCCUCGCGUGAAACUUUUUAAGCCAUUUUUCAACACGAUCUUGUUGGCUCAGGGCAUCACACGAGUUCCUGAGGCGUCCUCUUUUGGGGGUGGGGGUACAGCUGGAAGAAGUUCAAGGAAAAGACUCUCGGCAGGGCUCGAGAUUGUAAGGGCUGAGGUGGGUAAAAACGGGGAGCCCAGCCGACAGGGGCUGACUAGGGCGGGGCCCACCGAGUGCUUCUGUAGCCAACGGUCUGGGAAUGAAUCCAUCUCCCAUCAGUGCCAUAGACCUUAGUUAACUAUCUCUAGCAAGUCUUGUUACUUUUACAGAAAACAAGGUCCUGUAAUAGCAAGUCUUAGCACAUCCUCACUUUUAUUAUAAUAAAUGGGUGUUUUUUUAUAAUUUUUACUGACACUCAGUAACCAUGCAAAGUUGUGCACAUUAAUAUACCUGUGUAUCUAUACCUAUCUCUCUACAUAUACGUAUAUAUAUAUACACAUACAUAGAUCAGCUCAUGGUAGAGAACCCCAGGUGGGAGCACCACCGACUUAAACAUUCGAAGUGAUCUUGUUUACAGUAUUCUGUUGACAGUGCCAAUCAAUGAUAAAGAAAUCAACAUGUCACAAUGUAACUGAUGACCAUAUACACAAUUCCGUGAAUUAAAUCUGUUUCCUGCGUUAAUCAGUAUUCUUAAUUAAAAAAUUUAUAAUGGAAA